GAGUUUAUGAAUCAUGAAGUUAAUUAGCUGGUUAUAUGCAGGAUCAUGAAAUGAAGAAUGAAGGAAAGGAAAAAGCAGAGAAGGGCAUAAUCGUAAUACAAAAAUAUUUCCGUGGGUACCAAGCACGCUUCCAUUGUCACAAGCUUAAGGAUGGGAUUAUUACACUUCAAUCAUUUGCUCGUGGUGAAAAUGCAAGGAGAAAGUUCCAAAAUUUGACAAAAAAUCUCACCCAAACGACACACAUUCAUCAGGAUUUCGUGUGGAAACCAUUGAGGACCCGAGAGGCAACAAUCAUAUAUUUGCAAUCAGUGGUUCGAAGUUGGUUAAGUCGAAAACACAUUGACUAUAUAGAAGAUCCAAUAAUCGAGAACAACAACGAAGUAAAUGAUAUACGCAAAGAGAUCGUGGAAAACAAGGACCAAGUCAAGGUUUCACAAUCCUACAUUCGUGAUCUUGAACAACAAUAUUUAAGGGUUGAGACCGCUUUACAACACAAGAAACAUGAAAACUAUAUCUUGGAGCUCCAAAUUCAACAAAUUGAUAAGAAAUGGGAGUUGCACAAGGCUAAGAUGGACAUGAAGGAGAAAGCAUGGCAAGAUGAAUUCACUUCUAUUCAAAUGAGCAUAGCUUCAACAGAAGAAGAGACUACAAAUGAAAUAAAUUGUGUCCCUCAAAAGCCUACACGACAAGAAAAUGUCAACAAGAAUAUUACUAUCAGACAAAUACUCGAGAGGCAAGAAAGUGGUUUUGGCUUUCAAAUGGAAAAUAAGUUGAAUUCAAGGAAAGGUCAGGAACAAGAGCUUCGAAAACUGAAAGGUCGGUUUAAGGCAUGGAAGAAAGAGUUUAAAACUCGGUUGCACAAUGUAAAGAGAACACUUGAUAGAUUGGAUCAUUGUAGAACCCAAAAAGUCCAUAAGAGUUGCUUCGUUAGUUGAUCAAAAAGAUUAAUAUCAUGUUGAAGCAUACAUGAGAAUAAGAUUUAUGUCAAACACACACAUAUAGAUACACACACGAUCAGAAAUCAAAGGAUUCCUAGAAUUGAUGAUUUAUAUAUUACUGAAGCUGAUUUGUGACAUUCUGAUUUUAUUGUAUAUAUGAAAACUUAAAUA